UGUGAACAUGGUGUGUACCGUGCGGUGCAGUUCCAGGCGGCGGUUGUGGUGUGGUGCGGCGGGGCUGGUGUGUCUGGUGGGAGGGGUGGUCGGGCUGUGCCUGUACCGGACUCUCCUGGACGCCUUCGUCACGCAGUUGAUGGCUCUGCGGGAUGGCGAGUUUGUGUACCGCCGCUGGAAGGACCCCCCUUACCCCAUCUACAUACAGUUCUACUUCUUCGACCUGCUCAACAAGGACGAAGUGUUGAACGGGGCGAAACCGGCUUUUCUCGAAAAGGGGCCUUACACGUACAGUGAGGUCAGGCACAAGGUGAACGUGACCUUCCACGGGAACGACACGGUUUCUUACGUGGACCUGAAGUCCUACCGCUUCGUCCCGCGCAUGUCCGCAGGCACGCUGAACGACACCUUCACCAGCAUCAACAUCGCCGCCAUGACGCUGUCAGAGUGGAUAGAGAACGAGCGGGACCUGAUUAAGGACCUUGCGUCCCUCCUGCUCCUGCUGACGGGGGAGUCCCUGUUCGUGACCCACACGGUAGGAGAGAUGCUGUCCGGGUACCACGAGCCUCUCCUCAAGCUCGCCAAGACGUUCGCGCCCGAGCUCAUCAAGGACGACACGUUCGGCAUCUUCAGGAUCAUGGGCGGGCAGUAUAACGCGUCCGACGGCGUGUACACCAUCUACACCGGGCAGGCCGAUCCGCGCAAGUACACCUACAUCGACAGGUGGAACGGCAUGAGAGAAGUGAACUACUGGAACAAGACUGGGACAUGUAACAUGAUCAACGGCACGGUGGGCACCAUGUACCCCAUCAUCCAAGACAAGUCCGAACCGAUCUACGUCUUCCAGUCGGACAUGUGCAGAUCGGUACACGCCGUGUUUGAGUCGGAGCAGACGGCCCGGGACAUCCCUGUGUACCGGUACACGGCGCGGCCGGACAUUAUGCAGAGCGGAGACAAGAACCCCGACAACCGCUGCUUCUGUCUGGGGAGGUGCCUACAGGACGGGCUCAUGGACGGGAGGCCCUGUCAUCAGGGCGCGCCGAUUGUCCUGUCUCUGCCGCAUUUCUACCAGGGCGACCCGAGUCUGCUGGACACCGUCUGGGGUCUGCAGCCGGACAAACUCAAGCAUCAGACCUUCCUCGACGUUGAACCGACUACAGGCCUGGCGAUGAACGUGGCGAGAAGGGUGCAGAUCAACAUGGACGUCAGACCAGUGCCACACAUCAGGUCACCCCGGACUCUAGUAACGUUGCUUUUUAAAGAGUCCGGGGUGACCUAUUUUCUUGCUGCUCAUCUUGAUGAUUCUCAAUAUUUCAGAGAAACGGAGAACAUCCGUAAGCUGUACUUCCCGGUCAUGUGGCUAAGUGAGACGGCCUUGAUAGACACGAAGUACGCGAACCUGUUCAAGUCGUGGGGUCUUGUGGCGGAGCGGGGAACGUUCGGGGCGCUCAUCGCCCUCACAUGUCUGGGUGCAGGGGUCGUGGUGGGUGUGGCCGUGGCGUUAUACAGGAGGCGGGGGGAACACGUGCAAAAUGACAGGACGGGAGACAACAUCGCUGCAGAAUCAGCGGGCGUGAACACGAACGGGCCUAAUGAGAGGACUUCCCUUCUACAGUCGUGACAGAAUAUAAUUGUUGCUUUCAACAUCAGGGACAAUUUGCCGAAAAUGACUUUUUUACAAUAGAUCAUUGAAUAUUGAAUACCUCUUCUACUACCGUAACAGUAGAAGCCAGUUAAUUGCACAACGGAUAACCGCACACUUCUGUUAACUGCAUGGAAUCCCAAAAUCCCAGAUCAGUGCUUUCCAUCUAGAUAACUUCGCAUUAUUGCACCAGUCGGAUAAUUGCACGAAAUUCACUGGCAAAUAGGCCGUGCAAUUAAGCGGCAUCUACUGUAUUUAACUAAGUGUUACCAUUACUAGCUCAACUAGCUGUGAUAACCCCACCAGAGAAGACGACGACAAAGACUUUUUU